UUGAUACAUUUAUUAAUGGACCAAUAUAUACUAACAACAUAUGAACUUGACAAGUCCUUGACUUCUAUUUUUUGUCUGUUUGUUCCUUCACAAACAUUUUUUAGGAAUUUCCAAUCGAGUCAAAGUGAGCUUAAAUCAAAACUGAAGAAGAAGUUCCAGUGUGUGUUUGAGGGGAUCGCUAAAGCAGGAAACCCAACCCUGCUGAAUCAGAUCUACACAGAGCUCUACAUCACAGAGGGAGGGACCACAGAGGUCAAUGAUGAACACGAGGUUAGACAGAUUGAAACAGCAUCCAAAAAAUCAGAUAGUUCAGAAACAACAAUCAGACAAGAAGACAUCUUUAAAGGCUCACCUGAGAGACAUGAACCAAUCAGAACAGUGCUGACAAAGGGAGUGGCUGGGAUUGGGAAAACAGUCUUAACACAGAAGUUCACGCUGGACUGGGCUGAAGACAAAACCAACCAGGACAUCCAGUUCAUGUUUCCAUUCACUUUCAGAGAGCUGAAUGUGCUGAAAGAGAAAAAGUUCAGCUUGAUGGAACUUGUUCAUCACUUCUUUCCUGAAACCAAAGGAUCAGGAAUCUGCAGCUUCGAAGACUUCCAGGUUGUGUUCAUCUUUGAUGGUCUGGAUGAGUGUAGACUCCCUCUGGACUUCCAAACCUUUGAGACGCUGACUGAUGUAACAGAGUCCACCUCAAUGGAUGUGCUUCUGACCAACCUCAUCAGACGGAAUCUAUUUCCCUCUGCUCGCCUAUGGGUAACCACACGCCCUGCAGCAGCCAGUCAGAUCCCUCCUCAAUAUGUUGACAUGGUGACAGAGGUUAGAGGGUUCACUGACCCUCAGAAAGAGGAGUACUUCAGGAAGAGAUUCAGAGAUAAGAAGCAGGCCUCUAGAAUCAUCUCCCACAUCAAGAGAACACGAAGCAUCCACAUCAUGUGCCACAUCCCAGUCUUCUGCUGGAUCACUGCUACAGUUCUGGAGGAUGUGCUGGAAACCAGAGAGGGAGGACAGCUGCCCAAGACCCUGACCGAGAUGUACAUCCACUUCCUGGUGGUUCAGGCCAAAGUAAAGAAGGUGAAGUAUGAUGGAGGAGCUGAAACAGAUCCACACUGGAGUCCAGAGAGCAGGAAGAUGACUGAGUCUCUGGGAAAAUUGGCUUUUGAACAGCUGCAGAAAGGAAACCUGAUCUUCUAUGAAUCAGACCUGACAGAGAGUGGCAUCGAUAUCAGAGCAGCAUCAGUGUGUUCGGGAGUGUUCACACAGAUUUUUAAAGAGGAGAGAGGACUGUACCAGGACAAGGUUUUCUGCUUCAUCCAUUUGAGCAUCCAGGAAUUUCUGGCUGCUCUUCAUGUCCACCUGACUUUGAUCAACUCUGGUAUUAAUCUUCUGGAAGAGAAAGAGAUGACAUCUCAGAACUCUGAAACAAGAGAUCCUACACCCUUCUACCAGAAUGCUGUGAACAAAGCUUUACAGAGUACAAAUGGACACCUGGACUUGUUUCUCCGCUUCCUCCUGGGACUAUCACUACAAACCAAUCAGAGUCUCCUACAAGGCCUGCUUACAGAGACAGGAAGUAGCUCACAGACCAAUCAGGAAACAGUCAAGUACAUCAAGGAGAAUAUUAAUGAGAAUCUGUCUGCAGAGAAAAGCAUCAAUCUGUUCCACUGUCUGAAUGAACUGAAUGAUCGUUCUCUAGUGGAUGAGAUCCAACAAUCCCUGAGUUCAGGAAGGCUGUCUACAGAGAAACUGUCUCCUGCUCAGUGGUCAGCUCUGGUCUUCAUCUUACUGUCAUCAGAGGAAGAUCUGGAUGUGUUUGACCUGAAGAAAUACUCUGCUUCAGAGGAGGCUCUGCUGAGGCUGAUGCCAGUGAUUAAAGCCUCCAACAAAGCUCUACUGAGUGGCUGUAACCUCUCAGAGAGAAGCUGUGAAGCUCUGACUUCAGUUCUCCGCUGUCGGUCCUGUAGUCUGACAGAGCUGGACCUGAGUAAUAAUGACCUGCAGGAUUCUGGAGUGAAACUUCUCUCUUCUGGACUGGAGAGUUCGCAUUGUACACUGGAAACUUUGAGUCUGUCAGGCUGUCUGAUCACAGAGCAAGGAUGUAUUUCUCUGGCUUCAGCUCUGAGCGCCAACCCCUCCCAUCUGAAAGAGCUGGAUCUGAGCUAUAAUGAUCCAGGAGACUCAGGAAUGAAGCUGUUGUUAAGUGGACUGAAGGAUCCAUGUUGGAAACUAGACACUUUAAGGGUGGAGCCGGCUGGAGUCCGAUGGUUGAGACCAGACGGUCUGAGGAAGUGUAAGUUUUUAACAUUCAUAAAAACAAGGCGGCACAGAUUUAACUAUUUUCAAACUGUUGCAUCACUCAGUCAUAUCUUUGAUGUCAUCAAAACGACAACAUUGUUGUGUUUGUUGUCUCAACCAGAUUCCUGUCAACUCACAAUCGACACAAACACAAUAAAUAAAUACCUCAAACUGUCCGACAACAACAGGAAGGUGACACAGGUGAAGGAGGUUCAGUCAUAUCCUGAUCAUCCAGACAGAUUUGAUUACUGGUAUCAGCUGCUGUGUACAGAUGGUCUGACUGGUCGCUGUUACUGGGAGGUUGAGUGGAGUGGAGGGAUUGAUAUAUCAGUGAGUUACAGAGGAAUUGAAAUGAAAGGCGACAGUAAAGACUGCGUGUUUGGAAGGAACGAUCAGUCCUGGAGACUGGAAUGCUACAGCGAUGGUCGCCCUCGUUCUGUGUGGCACAAUAACGGAAGCAUGUCUUCCUCCUACUCCUCCUCCACGUCUUCUGCCUCUAACAGAGUAGCUGUGUACGUGGACUGUCCUGCUGGCAUUCUGUCCUUCUACAGAGUCUCCUCUGGCACUCUGAUUCACCUCCACACCUUUAACACCACAUUCACUGAACCUAUUUAUCCUGGAUUUGGUUUCAAUCCUAAUGCAUCAGUGUCUCUGUGUCCUGUUUAGUAUGAAGAAGCUCCUCCUGUUAGAGAAACACAACUGUUUUCUAUCUCUUUCACUCAGAAACGUGUUCUCAGAUUCAUCGACUGUUC